AGCAGGUUGUGGAAAGAAAGAGAGAGAGAGAGCAUUUACCAAGGAUGGCAAGGGGAAGGCCUGUCCCUUCCACACUGCCAGGUGGGGUGUGCUGCCAACCCUCUGCCUGGGCCUGCCACGCUACCUUGUGGAGAUGGGACUCAUGUGGUGUCAUGUCACUCCAGGCCCUGGCAAAGCUGCAGGGGCUGCAGUGGGGGCACCCACAACAGCCUGGGCUCUGCACUGGCCACCGCACCAAGGCUCCCUCAGCCCAGCCCAGACUGGGUCUGUGUGGUGGGUGGCAGUGGGUACUUUCUGGGGACCCAGUGGGUUUCUGCAGUCACACCCCACCUCUGAGCUACAGUGGUUUCUCCCUCAUGUCUUCUCAGCAGGAGUCCUUGAAGCAGUGGGUGCUGCCCCUGGGAGUGCCAGCUUGGACCCCCCUGCUGGGUGUGCCUGGUGCUGCCAGGGCCUCAGUGCCCACCAGCAUCCUGUGCCCAACUCCACCUCUGCAUCCCAGGGGCAUGUACUGGGACAAAGCCAACCACCUUCGCAUCCCACGGAGACAGACACAGAGGAAUGGUUCCCAGCACUGCUUCCAGCUCCAUGGGGGCCAGACUCUUACAGGGACCCCCAACUCACUGCAGGCCCUUUCCUGUGCAGUCUGUGGCCCCACAGUCCUGCUGAACAGCAAGCUCCCCGUCUGCACCCACAGCAUCUACCAGUCCUGGAGUUCAUCUUACAGCUACUUCAUUGCACCAAAGGAGUAACACAGCAGUGCCUGAGUAGCCUCUCCUCCAGCCUGGACACCAGCCCCCAGAAGCGUGAGCAGCCUGACAACCUCUUGUAGAGCAUCUGCUCCUCCUCUGACUCCUCAGAUGACCCCUAGGCCCCUGAGAGGGACAGGAUGGCCAGCAACAGAGCCAGCAUCAUGGUCCAGGACAUCCUCACCACUUCCCAGUGGCAGACGGUGCUCCAGCGUGGCUACCAGUGCAUGUUGUGUUGCUGCAUCUUCCCCACAUUGUGGUUUGCCAAGACCCAGAUCCAGCACAGCUCCCAGGAGGGCUACAGCUGCAACGGGUUCUACUGCAGGCUCGAUGCCCUGGGGGAGCAGGAGCUCAAGGCUCAGGAGGCUGCAGCCUCCAGGCUGUCCAUGUAG